AUGGGUUGUGGAUCAUCGUAACCAGCUGCUGAACCUGAUAAAAAGUCAAAAUCUUUGAAAAGUGCCAGUACAUCAGAAAUAGAAGACUUAAUUGGCAAAAAAAUACCAAAAUUACUGAUUUAAGCGGAGAUGAAGCAUCGAUUUACUGCUGAUGAAGAGGCAAUUAAAAGCGACUUAAUUUCAUUGUAACCUCCAUAGGAAAAUGAUAAUGUUGUUGCAAGAGCUUAAAAAAAGAUGCAAAAGAAAUAUAGAGGAGGAGAGGAUGUAGAAGGGUAGAUUAUUGAGAAUGUGAAGAGAGUUGAAAGAGAGAUGCAAUUGAUGUUGAUUUCAAUCAUAAAAAGUUUCAAAAGCCAUUUUGUAUUUUUUAGUCUUCCUCAAGAUUCACUCCAAAAGUUAAUAGAAAAUAUGUUUUAUUGUACAAUAAAGGCAGGAGAAUUUGUUUUUAAAUAAGGAAAUUAGGCUAGUGCAUAUUUCGUUAUUGAAAGAGGAUAAGUCGAAAUUAUCAUCAAUGAAAAUCCUAUUAGAGUGCUUAAAUAAGGGGAUUAAUUUGGUGAAAUUGCAUUGCUUUAUAAUGCCACAAGGUCUGCCUCAACAAAAGCCCUUACAAAUUGUGGAUUUUGGUCUUUAGAAAGAGCAACUUUUAAAAAGACAAUUGAAGAAAUCACUUUGAAAGAAUAUGAUGAAAACAGAAAAUUCAUAGAUUAGGUUCAAUUCUUCUCAUUUAUGACAUCUGAAUAAAGAGAUAUGAUAGGAAAUGCUUUGAUUACUACUAAAUUCAAUCCGGGGUAGAAUAUUGUUAAUGAAGGGGAUUAAGCAGAUUCAUUUUAUGUCAUCAAAAGUGGAUAGGUAUAAAUAUUAAAAGGAGACAAAUUAAUAAGAAAAAUGGGUGCAAAAGAUAGCUUUGGAGAAUAAGCUUUAUAUGAGAAAUCAGUUAGAGGGGCCACAGUUAAGGCAGAAACUGAAGUUAGAUGCGUUGCUUUGGGAAGAGAGAAUUUAACAAAGAUAUUAGGAGAUAAAAUAUAACUUAUAAUUUUCAAUAAUAUUAUGAGAUGGAGUUUUGAAAAAAGCGAGAUACUAAAAUAAUUAACAAAAAUUUAAUUAGAAAAAAUUUCUCAAAAAGCCAAAAUUGAAAAUUUUAAAAAAGGCUAAGUAAUCUUUGAAGCUAAAAAACCUUGCGAUAAAUUAGUUGUAGUUUUAGAAGGUGUAUUGAUAAAUUCGAAAUAAGAGUCAGUCACUAAAGGUUCUUGUUUUGGGGAUCAAUUUCUGUAAAAGGAACGUUAUGGUUCUCCUCUUGAAUGUGCUUUUACUAUGGUAGGAGAUGGAGUCUUAGCAACAAUUACCUUUUAAGCCUUAUUUAAGAUAUUUGGAGGGGAUUUAGAGACUGCCUUAAAGAAAAAUGAAAAUUCACAUGAAAAGAAAAUUUAGUAAAUAGGUAAGAGAGAAGAUGCCUCACAUAUAGUUUUAGAAGACUUAAUUUAUAUAAAGAAAUUAGGUGAAGGACAAUUUGGAAUUGUUUAUUUGGUUAAGCACAAAGAAACAAAAAAGGUGUUUGCUUUGAAAAGUGUAAGCAAAGCAUCAAUAAUUGAACAAAAUCUAGAGAAACAUAUUACGUAAGAGAAAACAGUAUUAGAAUAGAUAAACUUUCCAUUCAUUAUGGGUUUUGUCAGAACAUUCAAAGAUGAUAUGUCUAUAUAUUUUUUGGUUGACUUCAUUAGAGGGAUGGAACUUUUUGAUGUAAUAAGAGACAUAGGAUUGUUGCAGAAGCCAGAAACAUAAUUUUAUAUUGGUACAAUGAUUCUUUGUAUAGAAUACUUACAUUCUAAGAGUAUUGUAUACAGAGAUCUGAAACCAGAGAACAUUAUGGUAAAUGCUUAAGGAUUCAUGUAUUUAAUUGAUCUAGGAACAGCGAAACCUCUUCUAAAAACAAAGGCAUGCCGAACUUAUACAAUUAUUGGGACUCCGCAUUAUAUGGCUCCAGAAAUCAUAGCUGGUAAAGGUUACACUUUUAGUGUGGAUUUGUGGAGUAUUGGAAUUUGUAUGUAUGAAUUCAUGUGUGGAGGAGUGCCUUUUGGGGAAGAAUUAGAAGAUCCAUAUCAGAUAUAUGAAGAGAUUAUGAACACUCAAAUUAAAUAUCCUACAUUCCUCAAAGACAGACAUGCUAAAAAAUUCAUGGAGUAAUUAAUGAACAGACAACCAGAAACUAGAUUAGGAGCAUCUUAUUCAGCAUUAAAGGCUCAUUAAUGGUUUGAUGACUUUGAUUUUGAUAAGUUGUUCAGUAGAGAACUUAAGCCUCCAUAUUUGCCUAAGCCAGAGAAUAUGGUAUCAGAACAAGAUAUUUAAAAGAGAUUCAAUUAAAACAAAUUAGUUCUUUAAGAAAUUAAAAAUGAAUAAGAUAGUCACAAAAUUAAAUACAAUAAGCAUCUUGCUAAAGAUCCUAAUUGGGAUAAAGACUUUUGA